AUGAAGCGGUGGCUCUCAGUCCUUCUAUUGCUGGCGCUGUCCAUGAGGACAGUGCAGGCCUUAGAAGUGAAGAUGGACCAGACCGACGAGAACCGCCAACGAUGCGCUGGCAUGUACAGUCGCUCUGCAUGGGGUGGUCCGGUCGAUCCGUUCAUCCUGAUCAAAUUCCUCCCGGUCACGACGGAUGCGGACCCUAUUAAAGUCGGAAUCUGCGAACCGAAAUACGUCCCCGGUUAUUGCAACGAAACUGAUAUUGGAGAGUACAUCCUAACGCCCAAUGCCACCGAGAAGUCGAGCAACCUUAUCCUCACGAGAGCUGUCCAUCUCAAGGAUAGCCAACCAAUCAGAUAUGAUAUAAAGAAGACGGGCUAUUAUUGUGUUCUUACGGACAAGUAUACGGCGACCGAUUAUACUGCCGUUGUUGAGUUCCGAAACGCAUAUGGAGAAUUACCCGCAACCCAGAUCCCCAAGCUGCCUUUCUAUGGAGGAAUAACGAUUCUCUAUGCAUUGGUUGCAGUAUUCUGGGGCUUCCUAUACUACCAACAUCAUUCCGAUAUUUUGGCUGUCCAAAACUACAUCACUGCUAUCCUGUUAUUCCUUGUUGUGGAGAUGCUCAUGACUUGGGGUUUCUAUGACUUUUUGAAUAGACAUGGCGCAAGCAUAGGAUCAAAAGUCCUGCUAAUUGUCGUGGCCGUUCUAAACGCUGCUAGAAACUCUUUCUCUUUCUUCCUGCUUUUGAUUGUCUGUAUGGGAUACGGAGUCGUGAAACACACGCUUGGUCGGACUAUGAUCUGGGUCCGGUGGCUUGCAAUCGCACAUUUCGUGUUUGGCCUGGUCUACGCAGUCACUAGUCUUCUGAUCACCCCUGACAGUGCUGGCCCCUUCGUCCUGCUCAUUGUUCUACCCCUGGCGGGAACCUUGACGGCUUUCUAUGUGUGGACUCUCAACUCUUUGAACCUGACGCUCAAAGAUCUACGCGAGCGCAAGCAACACGCCAAGGAGUCCAUGUACAAGAAGCUGUGGUGGUGCAUUCUUCUCAGCAUCCUGGUCAUCUUUGCAUUCUUUUUCUUCAACAGCUUCUCCUUUGCCUCCGCCAGUGACCCUGACUACGUGCCUUUCCAUUGGAAGUCGCGCUGGUUCGUCCUGGACGGCUGGUUGAACCUGGUGUAUUUCGCAGAUGUGGCCUGGAUCGCCUACGUUUGGCGCCCUACCGCAAACAACCGGCGCUUCGCGAUGAGCGACGAAAUCGCACAGGAUGACGAUGGCACGUUUGAGAUCUCCAACAUGGACAUCGGUGCUCCAGAUGACUCGGACGACGACGAGGAGGCGAGAGUUGGUACAAAGCCCACGGCAAGCAGCCAGCCGGCAGGCGCUAGAUACGAGCCUCCCGCUGGGCCACCCCCAGGCACUAGCAGCAGCCAGCAGAGAAAGGUGUCAGAGGCACCGCGCGACUCCCUAGACGGCGAGACCAUAUUCGCAGUUGGCGAGGAUGGUGACAAGUUCUCAGAUGACGGAAGCGACUCGGGCGAGGAAGCAGGGCUCGUCCGGCAGGGCAGGAAAUGA